CUGCGCUCCGUCUCGCUCCCCUUGUGGCGCGUUAGGGCUGAAUUCGGCGCUGGCCCCUGCCCCUGCCGUGCGACCCGGCGGCUCCGAGCCUGGGAUCCUGCCUCCCCUCGGACAGCUGAUACGGUCCCCCCAGGGCUGUCAGACAUGGGGAGGGGGGCAGGCCGGGCCUGGCUGACGUAUUCACGUGGCCGCCUCACAUGUUCAGGGGAGGACGGGACGUUUCGGAAGCCAGAGCCGUCGUUUACAGAGCUGGAGAAGAGACUCGGCGAUUUCUCUCUGAAAAGUGCCAUGCUGCAGGAGGUGCUGCUGAGAUUCAAAGACACGCUGCGACGGGAGCUGGGGAGUGACACAGGCUGCAGAAUAACAUCCCUGGGUCCCUCCCGAUUCUCCCAGCCUGCCCGGGGAAGGGAAGUGGAUGCAGCAGACCUGGCUCAGGGGUCGGUGACCUUCGAGGAGGUGGCUGUGCAUUUCACCAGGGAAGAGUGGGCUCUGCUGGACCCCGCUCAGAGAGCCCUUUACAGAGCCGUCAUGCAGGAGAACUAUGAGAAUGUGACCUCGCUGGAGUUUCCAGUUUUCCCACCUGAUGAUCUCUCUCAGCCUGAACAAGACAAAGACCCAGAUCUCCAUGAUUCAGAGGAAAGUGAGAUCCUGAGCGGUACCUGCACAAAGGAGGAAUCAUUCAGCCAAUUCGAAAUCUGUCCGUGGCUGAAGGAAACAGCUGGGAUUCCCAACAGAGACCUUGUGAGUUCUCCAAGUUCAGGAUUGUCCCCAGCAGGUGAUGGGAUGCCACGUGAGAAGGAGGAGCACCAAUCUCAGCUGGAAGAUGCUGAGCAAGACGAACCACACAGGACGUUAUUGCAAAUAUCUGAGGAGGACGAUUCCAGGAGUCGUGAGCAGAGAGAAGGACGUGAGAGUCAGCACAGGCGAGAGAGGAAGCAGGGAAACCAGCCAAGGGAGAAACUAAAUAAAUCCAUUAAUAGUUGGGGACCUCACAAAUAUGUCAAGGAAACCACAGCCCAGCCGAAAAUCCAGGCAGGAGCGAGAAACAACACAUGCUCCGAGUGUGGGAAAAAUUUCAGUAGCCGCUCAGUUCUUCUUAAACAUCAGAGGAUCCACACAGGGGAAAGGCCCUAUGAAUGCCGCGAAUGUCAGAAAAGCUUCACUCACAGAUCAUCCCUCAUUAAACAUCGGAGGAUACACACUGGAGAGAGACCCUAUGUGUGCUGUGAAUGUGGCAAAAACUUCAUUGACCGUUCAGCCCUUAUUAAACAUCAGAAAUUCCACGCGGGAGAGAGACCCCAUGAAUGCAGUGAGUGCGGGAAACGCUUCACCCAGAGCUCGGACCUCAUUACGCAUCAGCGAAUCCACACGGGAGAGAGACCCUAUGAAUGCAGCGAGUGCGGGAAAAGCUUCACUCAGAGAGCAUCCCUCAUUAAACAUCGGAGAAUCCACACAGGCGAGAGACCUCAUGAAUGCUGUGAGUGCGGGAAAACCUUCACUCAGAGCUCAGGCCUUGUUCGCCAUCAGAUAAUCCACACAGGGGCGCGAUCCUACGCGUGCGCCGAGUGCGGAGAAAGCUUUACUCGGCGCUCGAAUCUGAUCGUGCAUCAGAGAAUCCACACCGGGGAGCGACCCUAUGGGUGCUGCGAGUGCGGGAAAAACUUCAUUGACAGCUCAUCGCUUAAAAAGCAUCAGCGGAUCCACACGGGGGACAGGCCUUACGGAUGCGGCGAGUGCGGGAAAACCUUCACUCGCAGCUCAAACCUCAUCACACAUCAGCGAACCCACACAGGGGAGAGACCCUACGAAUGCAGCGAGUGUGGGAAAAGAUUCACUGACAGCUCUCUCCUCAUUAAACAUCAGAGGAUCCACACGGGGGAGAGGCCUUAUGAAUGUGGCGAGUGUCAGAAAAGCUUCACAGACAGCUCAGACCUUAUUAAGCAUCAGAGAAUCCACACUGGAGAAAAGCCCUAUGAAUGCGGCGAGUGCGGGAAAAGCUUCACUGACAGCUCAGACCUCAUUAAGCAUCAGAGAAUCCACACGGGAGAGAGACCUCAUGCGUGCUUCGAGUGCGGGAAAAGCUUCACGCAGCGAUCGUGCCUUGUUAAACAUCAGCGGAUCCACACAGGGGAGAGACCCUACACGUGCGCCGAGUGCGGGAAAAGUUUCGCUUGGCGCUCCAACCUCAUUGUGCAUAAGAAAAUCCACACAGGGGAGAGACCCUAUGGUUGCUGCGAGUGUGGGAAAAAAUUCAUUGACAACUCAGCGCUCCUGAAGCAUCAGAGAAUCCACGUGGGGGCCAGACCUUAUGAAUGCAGCGAGUGCGGGAAAACCUUCACUCGGAGCUCCAACCUUAUUAGGCAUCAGAGUCUCCACACCUCAUAGAGACGCUCUAGAUCAGUGGUCUCCAACCCGCCCGCCCAACGACAAGCCACGGAGGACCGUGGCGGCGGACGAGCAUCUGCCGACAAGUGGCAGCGUGUCAAUCAUCGGCAUUUCGACAACACUUCUGCAUGACGCUGCUUGUCAGCGGCCAGGACGCGAGGGCACCUAGAUACCCCGGCGGGUACCCACGGGCACCACAUUGGGGACCCCUGCUCUAGAUGCUCUGAGCGUGGGGAAAAACAUUUAUCAGCUCUCAGCCCUUACUGAUCGGGCCAACCUAUUUUUUUUCUGCUGCCCUGGCAUGGUUAGGGGUGAAGGGUUUAACCUUUAACUGUUUUUCUUUUCUUCUUCCACCCUUUUUCAGACUACGGCUUUUUCGAACUGCAGCCACUUUUGCUUUUUUAACGUGGCUUGAGAACCUAGCUUCAUCUUUUACUUUCCCCGUGAUCUGCCUCGGUUUUAUUUGGGGAUUUUUUUUUUAGUAAGGCUGUAACUUUGUUUCCCCCUUUGCUGUUUUAAUUUAGAAGCUUUUUGCCUCGGCCUGCGAUGUUUUUUCUGACUAUUGCAUACCUGCUUUUACCUUGCCACGACUUGCGUUACACUGGUGAUGCGGAGAGUACUUGGAUUUGACACCCGGCUGGAGAGAGAGAUUUUUUUAAUUUUAUUUUUAAAUUGCUUUUUAAUUUUU